GGCUCGGCGUGUACCCGGCCUAGGGGAGCGCGAGCUGUAAGCGAGGCCUCCUCAGCCCACCCACCCCUGGCUUCUACGCGUCGCAGCCUCCCGCCCUCGAGCCCUGCAGGGGGCUCCAGGAGGCCGCCUCGGGCCCGGCCUCAGGAAAACGAGGUCUCCGCUGUGGGGGCCUCGACUCUUCUUCCCGGCCGGUGGCGGGGCGCAGCGCCUCCGUCUCACCCCGUCUUUGUGCGGGGUGCCGGCGGCCAUUGUGUCCGGGCGCGGAAUGGAGGACCUGGCAGUCCCCCAACGCCAUGUCCAGGGCCUUUGGGGAAUUCAAAGACAACCAGCGGUGUUUGUGGGGGGUCUCCAGAACACAGCCUCUCGGAAAGGCCCGGGGGUGGGCUUUCCGAAUUCAGAUCGCAGAUCCGAAGCCGUUUCCCCCUCCCCUGCGCGAAACCUUGAGAUUCACUGAGAAGUCCCUUCAGGGUUUUGGAAGCCUCAUCCAGGGCUGAACCUUAUCCUGGCUUUGGAUCCUGGAAAAGAGUCGCUAAACAGAGCAGACCCAGUGAGUGAGCAGGUGUUUUGGACAAUGGACUGGUUGAGCCCAUCUCUAUUAUAAAAAUGUCUCAGAGCAACCGGGAGCUAGUGGUUGACUUUCUCUCCUACAAGCUCUCCCAGAAAGGGUACAGCUGGAGCCAGUUUAGUGAUGUCGAAGAGAACAGGACUGAGGCCCCAGAAGGAACUGAAUCAGAGAGGGAGACCCCCAGUGCCAUCAAUGGCAACCCAUCCUGGCACCUGGCGGACAGCCCCGCGGUGAAUGGAGCCACGGGCCACAGCAGCAGUUUGGAUGCACGGGAGAUGAUCCCCAUGGCAGCAGUGAAGCAAACGCUGAGAGAGGCCGGUGAUGAGUUUGAACUGCGGUACCGGCGGGCAUUCAGCGAUCUCACAUCCCAGCUUCAUAUAACCCCAGGGACUGCAUAUCAAAGCUUUGAACAGGUAGUGAAUGAACUCUUCCGGGAUGGGGUAAACUGGGGUCGCAUUGUGGCCUUUUUCUCCUUCGGUGGAGCCUUGUGUGUGGAAAGCGUAGACAAGGAGAUGCAGGUAUUGGUGAGUCGGAUCGCAAGUUGGAUGGCCACCUACCUGAAUGACCACCUAGAGCCUUGGAUCCAGGACAACGGCGGCUGGGACACUUUCGUGGAACUCUAUGGGAACAAUGCAGCAGCUGAGAGCCGGAAAGGCCAGGAGCGCUUCAACCGCUGGUUCCUGACGGGCAUGACUGUGGCUGGUGUGGUUCUGCUGGGCUCGCUCUUCAGUCGGAAGUGACAAGACAAUGACCACCCACUCACCUCUCGCCCCCCACCCUGUCCCCACCACAACUCUCUCUUUAGCCACCAUUGCUACCAGGAGAACCACUACAUGCAACUCACGCCCCUACCCCUAUCACAGGGUUGGGCCUAGAUCAAGUCCCCUUGCAGUUAGCUUUCUAGAACCUACCACACUUCUGUGAGAGCCACCUUCCUCCCACAUCUCAAUUCACUUGGCCUCAAGAUUCACAAGAUUGUCCCCCCCAAAUGGGCCGCCUGGAGGCUGGCAGGAGUGGGGAAGGGUGUGCUAGAGGGAGGAGAGGGGCCUGCCUGCUUGGGGGACCCUCAGUUAACCCCUGAGUCUCCUGGGAAUGCUUUUCUGGCAGGGAGCUGGAAAGCGUUCUAACCCUUUUCCCCAGAAAGAGACUAGAUUGCCUUGGUUUUGAUGUGUGUGGCCUCAGAAUUGAUCAUUUCCCAUCCCACCGUGUCCCUGGGCCCCCCCUUCUUCCCACCUCUUCUAACCCCAAGAGCCAUUGAGAAGCCCCUUUUGACUAAUUAGAAAUUCAAGCUACUUGGGAUAAAGAGGCAGUUACCACAACCUCCAUGUCCUGUGUCCUGGCCAAAGCCCCCACUCCUGGUCUGAAUGUUCUCCUGAGGCUUCUGGCUAAAGGCCAGCCCCACUCAGGAGGAGGGGCUUAGCUGCAGAAAGUCCUCCAGCCUUAGAGCUAGAGUGGCUCUCGAAGCUGUAGCACCACCCUAGACCCUUCUCCACCCCUCCCCUGGCUCCCAUGACCAUGACUGAGGGACCAACUGGGCCCAAGAUAGGUGCCCCAGAGCUGUUAAUGACUUCAGCUGCCUCACUUCCUGCAAGAUCAGCCUGUGGCAUCUUUGCCUUGGGUGCUGGCCACAGGGUCCAGGAACUCUGGCCUCAGCCCAGAAGUGAAGGGGAGCUAUACAGAGCAGCUGUGGGAGCCUCUGGGGGCUUCCCUACCUCAGGCAGGAAGGGCAGGAAGGAGAGCCUGGUGCACAGGUGGGGGGGGGGCUGCAAGGGCCUGUCCUACCCAGUCUUAGUGCCCUGCCCCCACCCAGCCUGGGCAGCAGGGCUGCCAAGGUCAGAGUGGCCUGGCCAGGAGCCCUUCAGGCCUCUCUCUCUCUCCUGCUCCACCCUUGGCCUGUCUCAUCCCUGGAGGUCCCAGAUCAGCUCUGGCUACCCCGGGCUCUCUGCUGUAUAUAUUCGAGACUAGUUUUUAUUCCUUGUGAAGAUGAUAUACUAUUUUUGUUAAGCGUGUCUGUAUUUAUGUGUGAGGAGCUGCUGGCUUGCUGUGCGCGUGCACGUGGAGAGCUGGUGCCCAGAGACUGACAGCCUGAUGCUCCCUCCCUACCCUUGCCUGGGGAAGCCCACUGGGGGUCCUGGCUUCUGAGAGGCACCUGUCCCUCCUCUCCCUCACCCUACACUUGUUCCAGCUCUUUGAAAUAGUUUGUGUGAAGGUGAAAGUGCAGUUCAGUAAUAAACGGUGUCGACUCUGUGAA